AAAUUGCGGGUAGUCUUUAAAUUGUUUUCUCGUCACAUAUUUCAGUGCCACGCCACAAGAGUCGUUCCUGCAUCGUGCUGUUUAAAACUUUGUUAAGUUGUACAUUUCUUGUUUAAAUAUGAUUAUUGUGCUCACAUUUACGUUAUUACUCGUCACUUCUGCCACGUCGAGACCUAGAUAUGCUGAGCUCGACGAAGAUGAACAGCAACUAUACCGAGCGGCAUACGAAACGCCAUCCUAUGACCAAGACCAAUACGAAGAACCAGAGGACUUGCAACCGGGGAAAAUAGAUCUCCUCAAAGACAGCUUGUGGGCUAUAAAGGCGAAGAUCAAUGAACUGAAAGCGUUCAAUAAGGCAUUAGCAGCUAAUUUACUCUCGACGAAGCUGAAAGUUAAGGAACUCCUGAUUAGCAAGAUGAUGAUGAAAAAACAUCACGAUACAGUCGAUCACAAGAAACCUAUGCAUAACUAUCAGCCUCAACCUUAUCCAACAUACGAGCCACAAAUGCCACAAUACGGUGCACCUCAAUAUGGACACGACCCUUACUAUGGAAUCUAAACAAUGAAGAUAUGCACACGUUGUACUUUCAUACAAUCUCUCUAUCUUCUUCAAAUAGAAAGAAAAAAGAGCUGAUUAGUCUAUUACUUAUUAAUAAAUUAUUUUUUCUUUAUGUCUAAAAUUAUAUUUCAAAUAAAAAAAUUGUUACUUAAUCUAAUAUAUAAAAUUCUCGUUGUUAUUAUAAAUUAAAGUUUCCACUGAUGUUCA